CUAUCUUAUCAUUGCGCUGUGAUCUUUAUAGUAGCACUCCUACGCGUGCUUCAACACGCAUUGUGUUUUGUUGUUCUAUUAUUACCAAAAAUAUAAUGCGAGUUCAUAAGUCAUGAAGAAACUUAUACUGUAUAUUGUAUUGUUAACUAGCUUUGCAAAAUGUGCAAUAGUGCCGAGUAUUCCGAGCCACUUACGGGAUUGUUACCGGUCCGCUGUUCCUGAGCUGCCGGCUCCGAGACGACUCGAUGUGUUCCUGUCGCUGUUGAGGAAGCUUGAACGAUAUUCACAACUGGAUAUGAGACUGCUUAGCUCUGCGUUGCUUAGAAGCUUACGGCUAGAUGGCAUUGAACAAUCGUCGUCAAACGCCGUGGAAACCGAAUUCAUACUACCGUACAGGGCAUCCAGCUUCCAAUUCCACAAGUACAAGAUCCUGAUGGAUAUUUUUCUGCCGAGCCAAAAUCUCUUACAAGCCGACGAAAUUCUGCCCAUAGGAGAGAAAUGUCUUCUGCACAAAAUGCUGAGUUCAACAGUGCGACAAUGGGAACGAGGCGAUGAAAGUCUCGUAUGCCCCUUAUCAGCUCAGCUGUCUCAAGGCACCAAUAAUAUGCAAACGCAGAGUGCCGGUAGAGUAAUCAGCAGAUGUCCCAUAGAAGAGGGUGUAAUUCAAACGAAUUGGGGAACCAUAGCAUCAGGCACGUUAGUGGCAGCAGUAGCCGCAUCAUUGGAAUCUCAAAGGGUCCCGGUCACAGACAUACUCAACGCCAACAUUUUCAAAGAAGAUGUGGCUGAGCCCCUGAUGGUAUCUGCUAAACAAGAGUGGUUUGAAGACAUAGAAACAUUAGACCCAACCAUACAAAGGCAGUCAGAUGUCGCAGAUAUAGGCAACAUUUGGGUCGCGACACUCGCCGGAGAUUUAGCAGAAGUAGUAGUGAACCAGGGUCCCCGCGUGAGCUCGGUGGUUCAGAACAUGGUGAUCGGUAGCAAUAACCGUUGGAACGACACAUUUCUGCCGCGAGACCAUUAUCUCUUCCCGCAGAACUUGACAGUUGCGGAUUGGCAGUUCACUGAUGCCGAGAUAUUGGCUGGCGUUGAUGGUUUCAUACUAGCUCACCACAUACCAAAAUGGCUGGAACAAAGACGUACCCUCAGACUUUCGCAGGUGUUAGACAUGUACUAUUCCGACGGAGGUGUUUCAUUCGACCCCACAAUCCGAGCAUGCAACCGUCAAAAUCUCUUCUCGAGCUUAGUGAACAAGGAUGAUUUGUUGAUAGAAACUUCUAGAUUCGCCCACGUACUGUCUCUAAGGCAGAUAACUGUGUAUGUGCCUGUUGAAGAGAUGGAGAGAAUCACCAAUGCUGCGGUCACUGCUUUCAUGGAAUACGCUCCGGCCUUAUUGCGCCGAAACCACCGAGAUUGUCAAGUGCUAACCAGCGCUCCUGUCAUAGACUUAAUAGUCGCCACGGACGGGUCAUGGAAAGGCUACGACGUCGAACAAUUCAUGUCAUGGAUCGGUGGUUCAUUGGAGAUAAACAUGCAACGAGGUUCAAUAUCUCUCCUUCAUGGAAACACAGGAGAUUGGAUUGCUCCUCCGUCAUAUAAUCUCACCACCAUGUUUUCCUAUAUCAAGAAUUAUACCGAUGAAUGGCCAAAUCGCCUCAACUUACCAAGGGUCAUAUCAACGGUCCUGCAGCAUUCUUUGAACAGUUCUCUGGUGGAAAUUGCAAACAACGCGAGCGCAGGGCCCAGUACCGUGGUCCUUGUAAUAAGUCCCAGCGACCGACCCUCGGCCACCGAGAUGGACCGAGCCAGGGAACUGAUGACCUCACUUAGGAGUACCUACUUUGACGUGUAUUUCACAUAUGUAGCUGAAGACCUGUCAGACUUCCAAAAUAUUAACAACGAGUAUUUGGACUAUUCGGAGCUGUUUUUGACAACGCCAUCAACGAGCGUGCAAGACAUUAUAAACGCGGUAGACGUGUACCUCAUAAAGAGCACCAUACCACAAAGGUUGAUAGGCGCCCAGUGCCCCGUCAACGGUACGGUGUUCAACCAAGUCGAGUUCGAAGAUUUUGUGCUUCCGAAUAGACCCACUUAUUACCGCAUACACCCCUUUUACUUGAGGAUGCAGCCUGUUAUACGCGUUCAGUUUCGUAAUGAUGGCCAAGGACAGUUGCUGGUGUGCAUGUGGCGAGGGGCGGAGGCUACCCACAGUUGCCAGGCCAUCAUGGAGCGAGGGUUACAUGUGUUUAACAUGACCAAACCCUGCCCGUCCCCUGACUUCUGUCCACCUGCCUACUUCACCGUCACUGCUACCUCCAGCUCCAAUCUCUGUGCUAAUAAUGAUUGUCGACUGCCACACCAAGUAGGAUACUACAUAACUCACGGAGGACUCCGUUGUUUGCCUCUACGAGGACAUGCAUUUAAUAAAAAACUUUCAAUGGAAUUAUUUUUAAUAAGCGUAGCAUUAUUAUUUUUACAAAUAAACAUAAGUGAAAAAUAAA